AUGGGGUCGUCUAGGAAUCUUUCAAAAUGGCUCAAUGAUGCUAUCGAUAAUGGACACAUAAUAGAAUUUAAUUAUGAUUCACUUAAAGUAAUUGAGCCUUGUUUGAUAACAGAAUUAAGCGGUAUCAAAAAGGCUUAUCAAAUCGAAUUCGACAGGAACGUUGCCCUUAAAUACUUAAAGGAUGGUAGACAUAAAAGUGACGACGAAUAUUAUAAAAAAUUUGUCAGAGAG